AUGUCGCAGUCACAGGGGGCGCCCUAUAGUUCAACUUUGAUCGGACAGCUCGAUCCAUAUGACCAAGUAGAGGAAAUCACCAACUACCUCGAACGAUUGGACCUGUAUUUCAAGGCCAAUGACAUUUCUCCAGCCAAGCAGUCUGCUGUUCUGCUGAGUUGUAUCGGAGCAAAUGUGUACAAAACUGUGAAGAGCCUUUCUGAACCUGUGGCAGUCACUGAAAAGACUUACGCUGAACUGUGUACUCUGCUCAAAUCGCACUACGGGCCCAAACGACUGGUGAUUGCUGAACGAUUCCGGUUUUAUCAGCGCAAUCAAAAUGCUGGUGAGACUGUAGCACAGUAUUCUGUGAAAUUGCAAACCUUGGCUGGACCGUGUAAAUUCGGUUCUUUUCUUGAUGAUGCCCUCCGCGACCGGCUAGUUUGCGGCAUACGCAGUUUGUUCAUCCAGAAACACUUGCUCACUAAAGAUGGCCUGACAUUCUCCAAAGCCAUUGAAAUUGCCAAAACGCUUGAAACAGCCACAAAGGAUCAGCAGGACAUUAAGGCCCGGGGAGAUAGUAAUACUACUACAGUCCAGGCAGUCCAUCAGGUGCAGCAGCGCCAGAAGCAACGCUCCAACAAACCUCCCAUGAGAAGGGAUCAGCGAUCCUCGUACCCCAGACUGAGUGGUCCCCUUUGCCAGAAUUGCGGCUACGCCUUUACCCAUAGAACUUGUCCUGCCAAGGGACAACACUGUAAGAGCUGCAAUAAGAUCGACCACUUUUCAAAAGUCUGCCGAUCAAGGCCUAAACAGAUGCGAGCAGUUCUCCAGACAGAUCCAGAACAAGAGAAUGAAACCUGUACUUUUGCAGAGAACGAGUUCUUUGUCGGUGCCAUACGCCGACAGCAACUGCCCAUCGAUGACGUUUGGAGACAAGACCUCCAUGUACAUGGACAGACUGUGUCAUUCCUACUUGACACGGGCUCUGAGGUCAAUAUCCUCCCGCUUGACAUCUUCAACGCGCUGAAUGUCCCCAAUAAGACCCUACAGCCGUCCUCAACUCGCCUUACAGGAUUCUUCGGGGGAAAAGCCACACCAAUCGGCCAGACCAGACUCAUUUGCCAAGUCAAGGGCAAAACACAAAGCUUGCUGUUCCUCAUCCUGCCUCAGGGAGAACCAGUCAUAGGCAAGCAUGCCUGUGACUCGCUUGGAUUGGUCCACAGAGUCUACACUCUACUCAGCCAUGAGAGUGUUUUUGAAGGAGGUGGAUGUCUGCAUGGACAAGCAGUUAGCAUCAAGGUAGACGAAGCCACCACCCCUUACUGCGUCAUGACUCCUCGUCGUAUCCCCAUUCCUCUCAUGCCCAAACUGAAAGAGGAGCUGGAGAGGAUGGAGCAACAGAACAUCAUUCAGCGUAUCACUGACCCCACAGAUUGGUGCUCGCCUAUUGUGAUAGCGCCGAAAAAGAAUGGUGACAUUCGCCUAUGCGUAGACCUCAGACGACUGAACAAAGCAGUUGUCAGGGAUAGGUUUACCACACAGAUGACUUCAGCUGAACAAGGACAAAUGCAAAAUCGCCCAAACAAAGGUCGACUUCCUCGGCAUGAAGCUCGAUAA